AUGGUUGAGGUGAAGCUUAUAUUGUUGCUAUGCCUCACCAUUGGAGUAAUGUCUGUAGUCCGAGGUGAAGAUCCUUACCUUUUCUUCACAUGGAAAGUCACCUAUGGCACCAUCUCUCCAUUGGGGAUCCCCCAACAAGGCAUUCUCAUCAAUGGUCAAUUUCCAGGACCCAAUAUCAAUUCCACCACCAACAACAACAUUGUCAUCAACGUCCACAAUUACCUUGAUGAACCAUUCCUCUUGACAUGGAAUGGCAUCCAACAUAGAAAGAACUCAUGGCAAGAUGGAGUGCCCGGAACCAAUUGCCCCAUUGCCCCUGGGAAAAACUACACCUAUCACUUCCAAGUGAAGGAUCAGAUUGGAAGUUACAUCUACUAUCCCACCACUGCCGUGCACCGGGCAGCGGGUGCCUUUGGCGGCCUCCGUGUGAACAGCCGGUUGCUCAUUCCUGUCCCAUAUGCUGAUCCUGAGGAUGACUACACUGUCCUCAUUGGUGACUGGUACACCAAGAGUCACUCAACACUCAGGAAGUUAUUGGACACCGGUCGUUCCCUUGGUAGACCAAGCGGUGUACUCAUCAAUGGAAAAUCUUCCAAUGGUAAGGGCAAGGAUAAACCCCUUUUCACCAUGAAGCCAGGCAAGACCUACAAGUACAGAAUCUGCAAUGUUGGGCUUAAGGCAUCCCUCAACUUCAGGAUCCAAGGUCACACUAUGAAGCUGGUUGAGAUGGAAGGCUCCCACACAGUCCAAAACACAUACGAAUCCCUUGACGUUCACGUAGGACAAUGUUUCUCAGUUCUUGUCACUGCUAACCAAAAGCCCCAUAACUAUUACAUUGUAGCUUCAACUCGAUUCUUGAAAAAUGUGCUCGUUGGUAAAGCUAUCAUUGGCUACACCAAUGGCAAGGGUCCAGCCUCACCUAAGCUCCCUCCAGCCCCAGUUGGUUGGGCUUGGUCCCUUAACCAGUUCCGUACCUUCCGUUGGAACCUUACAGCUAGUGCAGCCAGGCCUAACCCUCAGGGCUCAUAUCACUAUGGUGCUAUUAACAUUACCCGAACCAUCAAGCUUGUUAACUCUGCUAGUAGUGCAGGUGGUAAGCGUCGUUAUGCAAUCAAUGGUGUAUCCCACAUCGACACUGCCACUCCACUCAAGCUUGCUGAGUACUACGGUAUUGCCAACAAGGUCUUCAAAUAUGACACGAUCCCAGACGAUCCCAAGCAUAUUGCUCCAAACAAGGUCACCGUGCAACCCAAUGUCGUCAACACCACCUUCCGUAACUUCGUGGAGAUCAUCUUUGAGAACCACGAGAAGAGCCUUCAGUCAUGGCAUUUGGAUGGAUACUCCUUCUUCGCUGUUGCCAUUGAGCCAGGGAGAUGGAGCCCAGAACGUAGAAAGAACUACAACCUUCUUGAUGCAGUGAGCAGGCACACAGUCCAAGUUUACCCAAAUUCAUAUGCAGCGAUCCUGUUGACAUUUGACAAUGCUGGAAUGUGGAACUUGAGGUCGGAGCUGACAGAGAAUCGCUACCUUGGACAACAGCUUUACGUGAGCGUUCUCUCCCCAGAACGUUCUCUCAGGGACGAAUACAACAUCCCAGACAAUUGCUUGCUCUGUGGCCUAGUCAAGAACUUGCCCAAGCCCCCACCUUACACCAUCUAAAAUUUGACCUCACACACACAGCUAUGCUGCCACUAAUUUUAAUU